AGCUGUAUCUUCCCAAAGACAUAUCAUUGGAUUGCUAUACACCUAGAGCUGCUGUGCACAAUGAGCAGCAGAAAAAUGUCAAGACAUCACUUCCGAUUGGUGGCAGUUUUUCCUUAGAAAAUCCUAACAACUUAGGUUACUUAUUUGCUACACCGCCACAAACGCAGCAGUACUUGGAUACAACUAGCUAUAAGAUAGUUCAGCAAGAGACUUCACAAAACAAGCCUCAAAUAAACUACAGUCCAUCUCCGUUACCUUACGAGAAGAUUGCCAAAUUCGAAAAUGCUGCAGAGCAACAAACUCAAAACAGUAUAAAUAGCCCCCAACGUUCUCAAAUUGAUGUACAAAAUCAUAUGGAACGAGCAUGUUAUCUUACAGCCUCUCCGUCUGGUGACAGGCUAGGUCGCAAUGAAUCAUUAUCUGCUUCAUCUUACCAGAGUAGUUUCCCCAAACACUACGAAGGAGCACAUACCUAUACCCCUACUUCUAAUACGAAAUACUUCAGUUCUAACGAAUUUCUGCAUGGCCAAAACUACAAUAAUACUGCACGUGGCUGGAGAUUGAGUAGACCUAGUAGUGCCAACUAUUUGACGGAGUGCGGAGAAGGAUAUAAAACUCUCGACGCUGGAAACUAUUACACUUACAAGCCAAAGGAUUUAGCUGCUGUUAGUGCUUUGCCCUAUAGCGAUUUUUAAGGCAAAUUUGUCGCUGAACUUGUGAACUGGGAAUUGGAGAAUACCAACAAUGCAACAGUUGCAAUAACUUAAGGAAAUUUAGUUUAUUAAAAAAAUAUUUCUAUUAAUAUAAAAUUUAAAGAGAUUUUCUUUUCGGUACUCCAUUAAAUCGAUAAGCUGAUAUUCUUUAAGUAGGUACACAUAGAAAUAUGUUAUACUGUUAUCAUCACACAUACACUUUCGCAAUAUAAACUCAGAUCUUGUUUGUCUAUUUUAUACAAAUACAUACAUAUGUAAAUAUAUAUAAAAAAUGCAAUUAUGCGUUGGUAUACAAUUGUCAUGUAGAUGAUAAUGAGGUAAAGCGAGUUGAAUAUUUUUGUUAUACAACAAAACCUA